AUGACUACAGCAGCUCUUUCUUACUAUGAGCACUGGUAUUCUCGGAGGCCUUCGAUGCUGCUCAGUAUCUAUCUUUUUUUGAGUCUUCUGCUGGAUAUUGCCCAUGAUCGGACCCUAUGGCUCAAUGCAUACUCAACAUUAGAAUAUGGAUUUUCGUCCGUCUUCUCAGCAGCUGUUGCAAUCAAAGCCUUUGCCGUCUGGCUGGAAUCUCGGCCUUUGUCAAAGCUACCUUGGGGAGACAGUCACGUCAAAGAAACUCCAGAUUCAACCAGUGGAGUGUACAGUCUGAGCUCUUUUAUGUGGCUCAGGGGCCUGCUCCGCCUCGGAUAUAGAAAGGUCCUCGCCUUGAGUGAUUUGCCGGCACUUCAUGGGAACAUGCUUGGAGUAGUGUAUGACAGAUUUCGUAAGUGCAGUGUCAAUCACUUUACCAGGGCAGAGCAGUCGCAGGAACGUGUUCUUCGGUACUUGGAAGAAGAUCAGCCUCACAGUUACAGCUGGGGAUUGAUAGGAGCCACCGUCUUAAUUUACGGCGGUAUAUCCAUUUGCACUUCUCUGUACUGGUACUUCCAUGAAAGACUCCUUUGUCUAGUUCGUGGCUGUCUUGCAAGCGCAAUAUUCCAUAAGACGUUGGAGCUGAGCUUGACCAGCAACGCCAGAUCAGCAUCGGUAACGCUUAUGAGCACCGACAUAGAUCGAAUCCACAAGGGCUUCCUCAACUUACAUGAGCUCUGGGCAAAUAUCGUCGAGGCAGGGCUGGCGGCGUGGUUUCUUUGGCGACAGGUCGGCAUCGCAUUCAUAGCACCGAUUGGGCUUGUAUUGCUCUCCUUCCUGGGCGUCUCUAUUGUGGGGAAUUAUGUCGGGCUCUAUCAAAAAGCGUGGAUGGGCAAAAUACAGAACCGCGUGGCUAUAACUGCCAACGUGAUAUCCAACAUCAAACACCUCAAAGUCUCCGGGAUGACUCGACCAGUUGAAUCCAUCAUCCAAAACACUCGAGAAUCUGAACUACGAGCUAGUCGUGGGACUCGCAGGCUCCAGAUUGCGUCGCUCAUCAUCGCCUUUGCGCCCGAUUUGACUGCACCGGGCAUUAUGCUCGCAGCCACCAAGUCGCAGGAUUUCAGCUCUCAUAAGGUCUAUACUGCGAUUGCCCUUCUCACAUUGUUGACUGUGCCGCUUGGCAGUAUCUUCCGCUCUGUCUCACCCUUGAUGUCGGCGUUUGCAUGUCUAGAGCGUAUUCAAGCAUUUCUUGAACUUGAUACGCGGAAGGACCCUCGCCUGAUUACACAUUCGACGCCAGAUACUUCAUCGGCCUCAGGCGAUGAAAAGGUCUACGCUGAUCCAUUGCCUAUGUCUAGAAGCUCAGCAGUCAAAGUUAUUCAAGCAAGCUUUGGGUGGCAGGGUAAAGAGCAGGCAUGUUUAAAGAACAUCAACUUGACUGUCAACUAUUCUGCCUUGACUGCUAUUAUUGGGCCUGUUGGAUCAGGAAAGUCGACGUUGUGCAAAGCCUUGCUCGGUGAAACGCCAUUCUCGGCUGGCAAGGUCGUUCUGGAACGCGAUGCUAGCUGUAAAGUUGGCUAUUGCGAUCAAACACCCUUUAUACGAAACUGCAGCAUCAAGGAGAACAUAGUUGGCUUCUCUAAAUGGAACCCAGUCCGCUAUCUUGAGGUGGUUGAAGCGUCGAUGCUCUCAUACGACCUCAGGGAAUUACCUGAGGGUGAUGCAACGAUAGUGGGAAGCGGAGGCAUGACUUUGAGCGGUGGUCAAAAACAGCGCAUCGCUAUUGCUAGAUCCCUCUAUCUUGACACAAGGCUCCUGAUAUUGGAUGAUAUUCUGAGUGGUCUUGAUACUCAGACGGAACACCAUCUUUUCCAACAUGUUCUUAGUCCGAAUGGCCUCCUGAAGAAGAGAGAAAACGCGCCAGCCAUUGUCUUUUCCACUCAUUCGGUCAAGUACGCCCGGUGGGCUGAUCACAUCUUUCUACUGAAUGAAAAAGGCGAGAUGAUCGAGCAAGGUAGCUGGGAGGAGUUGUCAACAUAUCAAAGCCAUUUGCAAAGCCUGUGCAUUCAGGAGAAAGUACAAAUGACGGAUCUGAAGCAGCUCGAACCUGUGGAAAGCGAGCAGCCACUGGAUGUCACUAUGUCAGAGAUUGAGCAAACUCGUUCCAGCCGCCGUGGUGCUGAUAACCAAGAAACUAUCGCUAGUGGUGCGGAUAGUUCUGCACGUCAAAACGGCGAUCUUGGCGUCUACCGACACUAUUUUCGAGCUGUUCCUCCUGUAGCCAUUAUUUCCUUCGUCACGUCCUCCUUGUCCUACGGAUUCCUUUACAGCUUUCCUAACAUUUGGUUAAAAUGGUGGCUAUUAGACGCCGAUUCAACCAGACCACAUCAUCCCAAGGCCUUUUGGAAUGGUAUUUAUGCCAUGUUCCAAAUACUAGCUCUUCUCAGCGAACUGCUGACCAUGUAUCUGGCGCUCACCUACUUCGCUCUGAUAUCUGGAGCAACAGUGCACUCAUCAGCAUUGCGGGCCAUCACACGAGCACCACUAUACUUCUUUGCCAGUGUAGACCUGGGAACAAUCACGAAUUAUUUCUCACAGGACAUGACUCUGGUGGAUGGCGCCCUCCCUGCCUCACUAAUUCAGUUUGCUAGCGAUGUAGCAGCUUCUCUUGGGAUGGCCGGUAACCUGGCAGCGUCAUCCCCAUACCUAGCCGCCUCGUAUCCUCUCUGCUUUUUCUUACUUUACUUCGUCACAAAGUACUAUUUACGGACAUCUCGUCAGCUUCGCCUCCUGGAUCUUGAGGCCAAGAGUCCUCUUUAUGCACACUUCCUCGAGUUGGAGAAUGGAAUCGCUACUAUACGUGCAGCUGACUGGACAGGAGAAUAUCUCGUACAAAGCCGGCUGUUGCUCGACGUCUCCCAACGCCCUGCCUAUCUCUUGGCCAUGGUUCAACGCUGGCUUCUAUUUAUUCUCAACACAUUUGUUUCGUUACUGGCCCUCUUUACCGUUGCGCUUGUCACGCAGCUCAACAAUCACGGAACAGGGUUCGCCGGGGCAGGCUUAAUAUCUCUAAUGCAAAUUGGCCAGUUUCUCACCAAUGUCGUGAGAAGUUAUGCGACUCUGGAAGUUUCAAUGGGUGCGGUCAGUCGACUAAAAGCUCUGACUGAAAGCCCACAUCGCGAGUGUAUUGAGGGCCAGGAGGUUGUGCCACCUCAGGAAUGGCCUUGCAGAGGCUCCAUCAAGAUUGAUGGGGUUUCUGCAUCCUACGACAGCCAAAACGAUCAAGUAAAUGAAAAGUCCUUUUCACUCAGGGAAUUGAAUCUUCAUAUCGAGGCUGGUCAGAAAGUGGCCAUAUGUGGCCGUACAGGAAGUGGGAAAUCUUCCAUCAUACUACUUCUUCUUCAUAUGCUCAGACCGCUGCGCAAUACUCGAGAGGAUGCUAUCACCAUCGAUGGCAUUUCCAUUCAAAAUGUUGAUCCCCCGAUCUUGCGCGAGAGAAUAUUCGCUGUGCCACAAGAUACAAUAUUCCUUCCCCAAGGCUCGUCAUGGCUGGAGAAUAUGGAGCCUUUUGCGACCAAUGCUGCUGAGUGCAGGUCCGUCUUAGAGGACGUCAAUCUUUGGGAUGUGGUUAUUGCACAAGGGGGAGAUUUGACCGCGGCUCUGGACUCAGAUACUCUUAGCCAAGGUCAGAGGCAGCUUUUUGGUCUCGCUCGUGCUGUCUUGAGAAAGAGAGCAAAGGCGCAAUCCAUGUCAGAACCAGCGCCCCAAGGUGGGCUUCUCCUACUCGAUGAGCCUAGUUCUGCUGUCGAUUUUGAGACAGAAGGGUUGAUGCACAGGGUUAUCCAACGUGAGUUCUGCGAGUACACGGUCAUCAUGGUUACUCACAGACUUGAAUUUAUCACUCAAAUACACAGCGUAGGGCAGGUUAGCGUAGAUACCCAGCAAGGACUUUUCGACCGGGUGCUUGUGGUUGAUGCCGGGACUAUAGUUGAAGAUGGCCAUCCAGCUCAGCUUCUGGAAUCGAAAGAGGGAAAAUUUAGAGCACUCUGGGAGGCGUCAAGAGUCUAAAUAAUAUGUAGGAUCGAUCCAUGUCGCCGGUCAGUUGGCUUCCUCCCCCCUACCUCUGUCGGCCGG